UUUGACAAACAGAUUGUAUUUGUCUUCUCCCGUCGAGCUCAACUGUCAGUGACCAUUCCUUACGACACCGACACCGACGUUUCGAUAACCGGUCUGGAACCACUUUUGCACCUUUUCACUUCACUACUUCUCUUAACCGUUAUCUCGGGGGAGACCGUGACCAAUAUUCCGAGGAAAUUCAACUUCAAGGACUACGAGAACUCGACGAAUCAAGAUGUUGGUGAAAUCUACGAUGGUGGCCCUGCUGGGUCUUGCUGUGGCAGCCGAGGCCUCGAAUAUCCACCGAGCCCCCAUUGGGCUCACCCGAAGGCAGUUUGGUGGCGCCGGAAGAAACGGCGGCGGCAACAACAACAACAAUAACAACAACGGGGGCAACAAUGGCGGCAAUAACGGAGGCAACAACGGCGGCAACAAUGGAGGCAACAACAACAAUGGUGCCACUGAGACAUGUCUGGCCGCCAACGCCGUUCAAACUGGCUCUGCACAGACAGGGCAAGACGGUGAAAUUGCUGCUGGCCAGGUCGAAUCCGCGACUGACAAUGCCAACUUCAUCAACUUCUGCUCAGGCCAGACCUUGACCAACGGUCUUCAGGUUACGGGAGGGUCUUGCAACGGCAUUCCAAUGGGGAAGAUCCCGGCGACGAACAGGAUGGUGUCUACAGUAAUCACUAACCCCAAGAACCUGGACACCAUUCCCGAGAAGACGACGUUCAACAUCGAAGUGCAGAUUGCGAACAUGGCUCUUGGUGCCUUCACCAACGCUCAGAGCACCUACUACUCCGCGCCUCAAGACCUCGACGGCCAGGGAAGGGUUAUCGGCCACACUCACGUCACCGUCCAGGAUGUCGGCGACUCCCUCAACCCCACCCAACCCCUUGACGCUACUCAGUUUGCCUUCUUCAAGGGCAUCAACGACGCAGGAAAUGGCCAGGGCUCUCUCUCCACAGAAGUUACCGGAGGUCUUCCGGCCGGUAAUUACCGAAUCUGCACCAUUUCCGGCUCCGCCAAUCAUCAACCUGUUCUCAUGCCUGUUGCCCAGCGUGGUGCCCAAGAGGACUGCCGCUACUUUACCGUCGCCGCUGCCGGAGCCGGUAACAACAACAAUAACAACGCUGGAAACCAAGGUGGCCAGGGCAACCAAGGUGGCAACCAGGGCGGCAACCAAGGUGGCAACCAGGGCGGCAACCAAGGUGGCCAGGGUGGCAACCAAGGUGGUGCCCAGGCCGGCGACCAAGGUGGUGCUCAGGCCGGCGACCAAGCUGGCGGUCAAACCCAAAACCAAGCUGGUGGACAGGCUGGUAACGCUGGUAACCAGACUGGCCAGAACGGCGGCAACCGCGGAGGCAACAAGGGAGGCAACAAGGGCGGUAACCAGGCAGGUCAGGGUGGUGCCCAGGGUGGUGCUCAAGGCGGUGCCCAGGGUGGUGCUCAAGGCGGUGCCCAGGGUGGUGCUCAAGGCGGCGCCCAGGGUGGUGCUCAAGGCGGCGCCCAGGGUGGUGCUCAAGGCGGCGCCCAGGGUGGUGCUCAAGGCGGUGCCCAGGGUGGUGCUCAAGGCGGUGCCCAGGGUGGUGCUCAAGGUGGUGCCCAAGCUCUCGGAGAUAUCGCGGCCCCGGCGGUCACGGACACGGGCAACGCAGACCGGCCCUUUGGGGUGAACGGAGACACCUUCGCCAACAAGGCGGCUGCCGUCCAGCGCGCAUGUGCCAUCCAGAACAACAAGUGCGCCAAUGCGGUCAAUUCCGGGCAGAUGCAGGGCUCCGUCGCCGACUGCAAUGCCCAGGAACAGGCCUGCAACGCCGCGGCUUAAACCAUACCGCCCUUCCUUGACUACCUACCUCCGAGCAACAUCUCUCCACAUCCUGCUUUUGAUACCGGGUGACGGGCACGGCACAUUGGACAUUAUGAUACCCUCC